CGCUACUCGGCACCUCUCGUGCAUCAUUCGGUAACCAUGAAGACGGCCUGGUCCCCUCAGCUGGUCACCAAUGAAGUUGACUAUAUCAGCAGGAUCACUUAGGUGUAAACGUCUGUUGAGCUGAAGUCGAGACAGCCGUCUCCUUAAAUGACGAAGGCUGAUAUGAAAGUUACGGAAGCCGAGAGCGGCCAUGGUGUUGUGUGACUUAAAAAUGAGAGAGCGUCAUCCACCUGAGCACAGCUGGACUCAGACAUGAGAAGAGGAUGACUGAGGAUGGAGAGGACGGCCCCCUCCAUCGCUACUGUGAGGCUUCUGGAAAAGGAGACUCGAUUGUAAACAGUCCCCUCAACACCUCCAUAGUAGAUGUGAAAUCUACCAACGGGCACAAGGAUGAUCUUAAGCCCACAGCUAGAAACGCAGGGGAUGGGAUCAGUGUGUAUCAGCCCUGCCCCCCCUUGGUUCCCAGGUUGUCAAAGUCCAGCAAAAGCGCUUCAUUGGAGGAGACUGUGAGAACCAGGAGGUUGAGAAACAGCCAGGAGAGUCUGAGCGACCCGGCGGAAACUGGCUCCUCCACAGACUCGCUUAAAGAGGACCAAAUGGCUCCAGCUCCAAACAGGUUUGUUCUCGGAGGUGCAGCUGCAGUGAGAAAUGAGCGGGACCCCAAUGCAAGACCCCAUUCUGCUGUUACAGCUGGAUCCCCAGUCUUCCGGGACAGAGGAAGUAGUCUUUCUGACUAUGAAAGAAGACCCCAGAGCCAGCAGAGCGACCUCACAAACCAGCAGUGGAGGGCCACCAAGGUGCGCCUGUCUCCGGUGCAACCCACCGGACCACUGCCUGCUCUGGAGAAGAGCUUUGCGUCAGCCACUUUAAGGGCAGCUAAUAGGAUUGACAGGGAUUGUUUGGAUUAUGCCAUGCUGGCCAGAGAGAGGCUUGGAGAAAGGUUCCACAGGAACCUGAGUGACAGCCGGCUUCUGGAGAACAUGGGGUCGGAUAGUACCUCUGUCAACUCCAUGAGGUCCACCUACAGCGUGCUCAGCCCCAUCAGACCACAGGAUGUGAGAAACAGGAGUUUUCUGGAGGGCAGCGUGCUGGGUAGUGGUGCCUUGCUUGGGGCUGAGGAGCUGGACCGCUAUUUCCCCGACAGGAGAGUGGGCAUCUAUAUCACUACUUGGAACAUGCAAGGAGAGAAGGGCCUUCCAGCCAACUUAGAUGACCUCCUCCUUCCAACAGACUCUGAAUUUGCACAAGACUUUUAUAUUAUUGGGGUCCAGGAAGGCUGUCCUGACAGAAGGGAGUGGGAGAUCAGACUUCAGGAGACUCUGGGACCUUACUAUGUCAUGUUAUAUGCAGCAUCGCAUGGUGUUCUAUAUCUCGCUGUGUUUGUCAGAAGAGACCUCAUCUGGUUCUGCUCAGAGGUGGAGCACGCCACAGUCACAACGAGGAUCAUCUCUCAGAUCAAGACCAAAGGGGCAGUGGGAAUCGCCUUCACCUUUUUUGGCACUUCUUUCCUCUUCAUCACUUCCCAUUUUACAUCUGGAGAUGCCAAAGUCUACGAGAGAAUACUGGAUUACAACAAGAUCGUCGAGGCUCUAGCGCUCCCAAAAGGCCUUCCAGACACGAACCCGUACCGCUCCACACCGUCUGACGUCACCACGAGGUUCGAUCAGGUCUUCUGGUUUGGAGACUUUAACUUUCGGCUGAAUAGAGACCGGGCUGAAGUGGAGACCAUCAUGAACUGCACAGGAAGUGGCGAUAUGAACCCUUUACUGGAGCACGAUCAGCUCUUCAGGGAAAUGAAAGAAGGUUCCAUCUUUAAAGGCUUCCAAGAGGCACCAAUACAGUUCUUCCCCACGUACAAAUUCGACAUCGGCUGCGAUAUUUACGACACCACUUCUAAACAGAGAACACCUUCAUACACAGACAGGAUCCUGUUCAGGAACAGGCAGCCUGAUGACAUAAAAGCCCUCAAGUACACCAGCUGCUCGAACAUCAAGACCUCGGACCACCGGCCUGUCGUUGGUGUCUUUCAGGUCAAACUCAGGCCAGGAAGAGACAAGUAUCAGGAGGAGGAUCACCAGAGAGCUGAAGAGGAGGGAGGCCAUGAAGAACCAAAGCAGCAGCACGAUCUGCACUAUCUCUUAAAACCCAUUAAUGAACAGACCGGAUCGGGUUUGACUAGAUCAGAUCUGUGCCAGAAGCAGGAAGCUUGAAAUGGACCAAAAGGAAAACCGGAGGUGUCUUAACUGAGAGCAGCUGCGUCCUGAAGAAGCUGGCUGGACUUGAGGGCAGGGACCUCGAGGUCAGGCAGACAGCAGCAGUCUGGCCUUUAUUUAUUCAGCCCCCUGUACUAAUACAUGACGGGGGGGGGGG